AUUGCUUACCAUAAAACUCACUAUAAAAAUCCUCCCCAUACUAGGAAUUUAGAGUACUAGAAACUCAUAAUUCCUCGCCGAAAGUUGAGUGAGAGAGAUGAAAACGUGCAGUGGGAUCUUGAUUAGGCUUUCGUUUGCCCUGUGCCUGGCACUCCUCUGUGCUUCAGAGGAUUUUGAUUUCUUCUACUUUGUUCAACAGUGGCCAGGAUCAUACUGUGACACAAAGAAUAGUUGCUGCUAUCCAACCACUGGGAAACCAGCUGCUGAUUUUGGCAUUCAUGGGCUUUGGCCUAAUUACAAUGAUGGGAGUUACCCUUCAAAUUGUGAUUCAAAUAACCCCUUCAAUCAAAAUAAGAUUUCAGACCUAAUAAGCAGUAUGCAAAAGAAGUGGCCAACACUAGCUUGCCCAAGCGGCAAUGGAGUGACCUUUUGGUCACAUGAAUGGGAAAAGCAUGGCACAUGCUCCGAGUCAGUCCUUGACCAACAUGGCUACUUCAAGGCAGCUCUUGCCUUGAAAAACCAAGUAAAUCUCCUCCAGGCUCUUCAGAGUGCAGGAAUUCAACCAAACGGGGGAACCUACAGCUUGAGCAGCAUCAAGGGUGCAAUACAAGGAGCAGUAGGCUAUGCCCCAUGGAUAGAGUGCAAUACUGAUGCAUCAGGCAACAGCCAGCUUUACCAAAUUUACUUGUGUGUGGACACUUCUGGAUCUAACCUCAUUGAAUGCCCAGUGUUUCCAAGUGGAAAAUGUGGGUCAGAGAUUGAAUUCCCCAGCUUUUAGAGGACCAAUUUGAAAAAAUUGAUACUUUUCCCUUCACUUUUUAUUCUACAGUUGUUAAUUUGUAUCUCAAGUGAGCAUUGAAGGUUUCCUUUUGAAUUGGCUGGCAAUAAUAAUUCUCAACAUAUAUAUUGAAGUC